AUGAAGCCCCGUUGCCUCCGUGUGUCCAGCGACGGCGCGCAGUGCGGCGGCCGCGAUGUCAGCACAGGGGGCGCGGGAGAACGCGACGGCAUGGGCACGGCAGAGCCGGCUGUGACUCAGCGCGGCGGUUGUAGCACAGAUAGCCCACCAGGUGGCGCGAUAGAUAGCGGUGCCGACCGCGUCGCGAGCGGGCGAUGCGCUGGCAGUUGCGGCGGCGGACACGAACUAGCUCAGUCUCGAGCUAGCGCCGAAAGGGGACAGCGUAGAAGCAGCGAAUGUUGGUCCGCGGAGCCAAAUAGAAAGUUGGGUACUAGUAGCGUCGAGGACUCGCGCCAACGGAGCAGAUUAGGCGGCGACAGAUGCGGCAGGCGGUGCGCGCAGCACGUGGCGGAGCGGCAGCUGCGGCUGCUGCGCCCCGCGCUGCUGCUGCUCGCGCUGCUGUCGUGCGGCCACUCGCCGCUCUCGCCCCCUGCGGGGCCGCUCGCUCCAGCCCGUGAUGCUCCCGCGCGCGCCCGCCGCUCCGCGCUGCUCGUGGGCGCCACCCGCGCCUACUUCCCCUUCUUCCCCUCCUUUGCACAGUACUCGGGGCCGAACGAAGCGUCGGCGACGCUGGCGACGAGCAGCAAAGAUUCUGCGACGAAUGUGACGAGCAGUGACAAGUCCUCGUCGAGCGGUGACACGUCAUCGUCAGGCAGUGACAAGUCAUCGUCACGCAAUGACACGUCAUCGUCAGGCAGUGACAAGUCCUCGUCGAGCGGUGACACGUCAUCGUCAGGCAGUGACAAGUCAUCGUCAAGCAAUGACACGUCAUCGUCAGGCAGUGACAAGUCCUCGUCGAGCGGUGACACGUUAUCGUCAGGCAGUGACAAGUCAUCGUCACACAAUGACACGUCAUCGUCAGGCAGUGACAAUUCCUCGUCGAGCGGUGACACGUCAUCGUCAGGCAGUGACAAGUCAUCGUCAAGCAAUGACACGUCAUCGUCAGGCAGUGACAAGUCCUCGUCGAGCGGUGACACGUCAUCGUCAGGCAGUGACAAGUCAUCGUCACGCAAUGACACGUCAUCGUCAGGCAGUGACAAGUCAUCGUCAAGCAAUGACACGUCAUCGUCAGGCAGUGACAAGUCCUCGUCGAGCGGUGACACGUCAUCGUCAGACAGUGAUAAGUCCUCGUCCGGCAGUGACACGUCAUCGUCAGGCAGUGACACGUCAUCGAAUUCAAGCGAACCAUCCACCGACAGCAGCGGCGGCGGAAGCGACACGGGCGGAGGGGGGCAGUCGGCGGAAGAUUGGCGCGCGCCGUGGGCGAAGGGUGGAGUGGCGGAGGCGGAGACGGUGCACCUGGUGCUCACGCGCGGAGCGCGAGCGGCGCAAGCGGAGCCCGCACCCGCGGCGGACUCGGCGGUGGUGGCAGCGGGGCUGCCGGAGCUGCCGCGAGUGGGGCUGAAGAACGAGAUCCGCUACGAGUACGGCGACGCGCGGGACAGCGCGCUGCUCAGGGGCUUUUCAUGUUCCAACUGCUCGCGCUGUCUUCCUAGCCACGUGUCGAUACCCCUUUUCUCCCCUUCCUUCACUCCCCCCAUCAUCCCCCACUUCCUCGUACUUCCCCGGCUUCCCCUCCCCCUUCGUACUCCCCCCCUCCCUCUCUUACUCCCUCCUCAUCUACCACCCCCACCCUCCACCCCCCCUUUUCCCUCCUCUCCCUCCCCGCUCUCUAUUCCCCCUUCCCCCGUGUCCCCCACCCUUCCCCUCCCCCCCCUCCGCCAGACCACCAUGUACACGGCUGUGGGGGCGAGUCGCGACCCCGCACUGAGCGCGGAGUUCAGGGCCGCCGUCUCUCGCGCUGAAGUCACCAUCGCGCCACCCCGCAGCAGCGCGGACAGGUACCACACGGAGGUGAGAGUGGGGUCAUCACAGCAGGCGUUCAGCGUGGUGGUGGACACGGCCAGCGACCUGCUCUGGCUGCCCUGCGACUGCGUGCGCUGCACCGAUGGACCCUCCUCCUCCGCCACGCCAACGCCGUUCAAGCCGGCGGAGUCCACGACGCUCACCACCAUGCCGUGCGACUCCUCCUCCUGCUCCGCCUGGGCGGACGACCGCUCGCUCUCAGUGGGCUGCAGCAUUGCACCGGACCUACCCACGCCGGACUCCACGUGCCAGUACUCGCUGGUGUCGAGCUCCCCCCAGGGCAGCUCAGCGGGCAACCUGGUGCGCGACGAGGUGCAUCUGAGUUUAGAAGACGGCAGCUUCCUCGCGCCCAACCUCACCUUCGGCUGCGGGCGGUACCAAACAGGAGUGUUGGCGACGGACAACGGUGCGCCAGGGGGCGUGUUGGGGCUGGGCACGGGGCCGCUCUCGCCGCUCUCCCAGCUGGCGGAGAGCGGGGUGGUGCCGCGGGCGGGCUUCGCACUGUGCCUGGAGGGGGACGAUGCCGCUGCUGCUGGGGGGGGCAGCCACCUGCUGCUGGGGACCACUGACGCCGGGCCUGCUAGCGGGUCGACCCGCGUGUACAAGAACAGCCUCAGGUGGCUUGCCUUGCCUCGCAUUGGGAUGACUGCGUUGGUGUAUGUGAAGAUAAAGGACAUGCGUCUGGGCACGGCGGACCUGGUCGUCACACCCGACAUGUUCCCACCGCUCUCCUCCACGGGAGCAGGGGGCACGGCACUCGACUCCUCCUCUGCUGCCUCCGUGCUGCCCCGACCCGCCUACAUGGCUCUCGCCACCGCUUUCCUGGUGCAGUACCCGCUCAUGAAGUUUGCGUCGUCGGAGAGCGCACAGGAGGGGGUGGACUGCCUUGACGCCAAUGACUACCACCAGGCAUCCAUGACCCCCGCGGAGUUCCUGCAGCAGUUCCCGCCGCUCACACUCGUGCUGGCGGGCGGCAAGGGCAGCGCUGACUUCACCAUCGCGCCCACCAACUACCUCAAGAUCGUGCCGAGCAGCCCACACGUGGUGUGCUUCACAGUGCGCAUGGCCAGCAGUCAGGCAGAGCGUGCAGUGAUAGGCGACCUGUGGAUGCGGGACAAGUACCUUGUCAUUGACACGCACAAAGAUACACUCUCAUGGAUCGAUGCUAACUGCACCACAGGCCUUGCCAUUAUCCGCAACACCACUCACACCACCACCAACACCACCUCCUCCUCUUCCCCCUCCCCCCUCUUUCCCACCUCCCCCGCGCCCUCCGGCCAGCCCCAGCCCCCGUUCAACUCCUCCUCCACCAACCCACCAGACGGCCCCCCUCCCCCCACAGCACAGCCCAGCACCUCCCCCCCUUCCAUCUUCGAGAACAGCCCCGGCCCCACUGCUGCUCCCCCCUCCAUCGCCCCACCCUCCAUUCCCCCCCCCUCCCUGCCUCCCCCAAGCCCCCCUCCACCACCUCCACCCCCGCCCCCAAGCCCCCCUCCACCCAACAACCCUCCCCCGAACCCCCCUCCUCCACCCAACAACCCUCCCCCGAACCCCCCUCCUCCACCCAACAACCCUCCCCCAGCCAACCCGCCUCCUCCGCCGUCCCCGCCAAUCGAGCCCCCUAUAGCCGGCUGUCAGCCGUCGCCCACGGACUGCGCCUUCUUCUUCGCGGGCCACGAGGGGCAGGUGCCCACCUUCUCUAUCCAGCCGCGCCAGGGCGACGCUGUGCUGUCCACGAGUGAGCUUAAAACGAGUAUAAUGGGCAGCGACAUCCAGGUGCUGGCAGGCAACUCGGGCGAGGCGCAGAUCGUGUGCGCCGAGGGCCAGGGGGCCGGGGCCGGCCUGGGGGGUGGGCAAGGCUCGGGGCUGACAGCAACGGCAGCCAUGGCUAUGAACGAUGGUGCUGUGACACAGGACAUUGGCAACCAGCUGUAUAUCACCGGCACGGACGUGCAGCAGCGCACGUUCAACCGAAUAGAGAACCUGUUUGCACUGCGCAACGCGUAUGUGAAGCUGCGGGUGACGGCGGCGGAGAUGGACGUGUUUGGCAUGACGGUCAACAUGAACCCCGGCGACGGCAACUCCUACUUCCCCGAGGACAAGCGCUGCGUGCUCUUCAAAACCAAACUGCCUGACGGCUGA